UUUCUUGGGUUUUGUCUCUUUUUUUUUUUUCUCCUUUCUUUUGUCUUUUAUACAUUGUAUUUUUGCAAUUGGAGUAUUUUUAUAUACUUGAUAGAUCCGCCUACAGCCAUUCUAGACAAAGCCCGUAUAAUAUAAUUUAUUUUUUUCUUUUGUUUGCUGCAUAAACCAGGAAAAAAAAAAAUCAAAAAAAAUCACCCAUUUUCCUUUUGCACGCUUCUUUUAUUUUUAUUUUCCUCCUUUUUACUGUCGUUGUUUUUUGCAUAAGAAACACACUCUGUGCUCAUGACACCCAUUUCAACCACCACGUCUUCAACCAGCCACCGUCAGGACCAUUGGCAACUGUCGGAGGACGGUCAAUAUUGGAUUUUUACUCAACCUUUAGAAAAGUCGGAUAAUGACGAUCGUGUUUAUAGACUCAUCAAGUUGGCUUCCAACGAUCUGGAAGUAUUGCUCGUGCACGAUAAGGAUACGGACAAAUCCAGUGCAGCUUUAGACGUGCAUGUGGGUCAUAUUAGUGAUCCUCAUGACUUACAAGGCUUGGCUCAUUUCUGUGAACAUUUACUCUUUAUGGGAACUGAAAAGUAUCCUAAAGAAAAUGACUACAAUCAGUUUUUAGCAGAACAUUCUGGUUUUUCAAAUGCGUUUACCGGUGUGGAAGACACGAACUAUUACUUUGAAGUGGAUCAAGCUUAUUUGGAAGGCGCAUUGGAUCGAUUUGCCCAGUUUUUCAUUUCACCUUUGUUCUCUGACAGUUGUACAGAAAGAGAACUAAAGGCUGUGGAUUCAGAACAUAAAAAGAAUCGUCAGCAAGAUAGUUGGCGCAUGUUUCAACUAGAGAAAUCUCUGAGCAAUCCCAACCAUCCUUACUGUCAUUUUGGUACGGGCAAUCUAGAGACAUUAUACGAAAAUCCCAAAAAGAGUGGACAGGACAUCCGACAAGAAUUGUUGAAAUUCCAUGACACGUAUUACUCUGCCAACAUUAUGAAGCUUUGUAUUCUCGGAAGAGAAUCCUUGGAUCAGUUGACGGAAUGGACUGUAUCCAAGUUUAAUGCUGUUCGUAACAAGGAUAUUCAGCCACCUAGUUUCCCAGGUCAUCCACUCACCAAAAACGAAUUGAUGAAACAAAUAUUUGUAAAGCCUGUCAAAGAUGUACGUUCAUUGGAAAUGACGUUUCCUUUCCCAGACCAACGACCUCUUUAUGCAGUUCAGCCUGGUCGAUAUCUUUCUCAUCUGAUAGGUCACGAGGGCCGUGGCUCUAUUUUAUCCUUGUUGAAAAAGCAUGGUUGGGCUAAUUAUCUUCAAGUAGGCACGAUUCAUGGCGGUAUUGGAUUUGAAUUCAUGAGGAUCAGUGUCGAUUUAACGCAACAAGGCUUAGCGCAUUAUCGAGAGGUCAUUCAAAUCAUUUUCGAAUACAUUCACUUGCUCAAAAAAGACGGUGUUCAAGCGCGUAUUUUUGAAGAGGUCCAGUCGUUGGCUUCUUUAGCCUUCCGUUUCAAAGAAAAAUACCCGCCUUCUCAGUAUACGUCUCGACUGGCAGGAUUGAUGCAGCAUGGCUAUCCUGAAGUGUCUGUCUUGAGUGGACCCAGCCUCAUUCGUCAUUAUGAUCCAGAGCUGAUCAAGGAGAAUCUAGACUACCUUUGUCCUGACAAUUUCCGCAUCAUGUUGGCCAGUCAGACGCCACCGAAUGGGAUUGAAUUUACACAACGAGAGAAAUGGUAUGGUACAGAAUACAAUGUCGUUGAUUUUGACGAGGAUUUGAUCAAAUCGCUGCAAAAUAUAAAAGAGAAUCCCUCGUUGGCUUUCCCUGAACCCAAUACGUUUAUUCCCGAAAACUUUGAGACGUUUAAAAAAGAGGUGACAGAGCCUCAACGUCGGCCGGAUCUGAUUGAAGAGACGGACGUCCUUCGUCUGUGGCACAAGAAAGACGACACGUUCUGGGUGCCGCGCGCGAAUGUGUGGAUUACGCUGCAGUCGCCGCUGGCGUAUGCGACACCCGCCAACUGCGUGAAAACGCGUCUGUACGCUGAUUUACUGACGGAUGCGUUGAAUGAAUAUGCGUACGACGCUGAAGUAGCGGGGCUGUCUUACAACAUUGAAAACCAGUUGGACGGUCUCUUGCUCGCGAUGGGGGGCUACAAUGACAAGCUGCCGAUUUUGCUCGAGCGCGUCGUCUCUAAAAUGCGCGAUUUCACGGUGGAUGCUGAGCGCUUCCAGCUGAUCAAAGACCAACUGUGUCGAUCGUACAAGAACUUUGCUCUGGAGCCGCCUUACCAACAUGCGUUGUAUUACCUGUCGUAUCUCACGCAAGACAAAAUGUGGACGAAUGCGGAAAAGCUGCAGGAACUCGAGAGCAUCACAGCAGAGGACAUCCAAGCGUUCUAUCCGACCGUGUUGGCGCAGCUCCACGUGGAAGCGCUGGUGCAUGGCAAUGUCGUGAAGGAAGAGGCGCAGCGGAUGCUGCGUCAGGUGAUCGCGAUCUUGCAGCCCAAGCCUCUGUUGCCCCAUCAACGCGUCCGUCACCACAGUCUGCUGCUUCCGCACGGAUCGAAAUACGUGUACCAUCGCGAAGUGGAAGAUCCUCACAACGUCAACUCGGGCAUCGAGUACCUGAUCCAAGUCGGUAACGUCACGCAAACGACGUUACGCGCUCAAUUGAGCUUGUUGGCCCAGAUUGCGCAGGAACCGUGUUUUGAUCAGUUGCGUACCAAGGAGCAAUUGGGCUAUCUUGUCUUUAGUGGUGUCCGUAAACAGACGGGAUCCAUGGGCCUCCGUUUCAUUCUGCAGAGUGAACGCGACACGGUCUAUCUAGAAAACCGCAUUGAAGCGUUCUUGACCAAGCUCCGACAGCUGGUGGAGAACAUGUCUGAAAAGGAAUACCAGGCUCAAGUGCGAUCGCUCGUCAAUAAAAAGCUGGAGAAAAACAAGAAUCUCGGACAAGAGGGUGGCAAGUACUGGACGCAUAUCCAUUCAGGCUAUUAUGAAUUUGAUCAGAUUGAAAAGGAUAUCAAGGAAUUGAACGAGAUCACAAAGGAGGACAUUUUAGAAUUCAUCAAGGAAUAUGUGGAUCCUGCCUCUCCCCGCGUCCGUAAAUUAUCCGUUCAUAUUCAGUCGCAAAAGACAAAAGCGAGUAGCCCUGCUUCUGCUUCUGCUGCUGAUUCUGCUUCUGCUUCUGCUUCUGCUGCUCCUAGAAAGGCCAAGGAAAAAAAAUACAAGGUCUCGAUUGAAUCGUUACAUACGUGUUUGGUGUCUCAAGGGGUGACGCGUUUGAGUAUUGAAGAUGUUCGAUCCGCUGUAGAAAAAGGAGACGCUGGAGAAGCCUCCAUUGAAGCCAACCUUCGUACCUUGUUGGCGGAUGAAAGCCAAGCCGACGAAGAAGCCAUUGAAGCCUGCAUGGCCAAGUUGAUGUCGAUCAUGCGAGAAUCAUCGGAAGGUGCGGAUGGUGCUUAUGUCUCCGUGGACAGUCAAAAGACGGCGAGAAGAUUAUCGAUGGUCCAGCCUACAGAAUCCAUGACAGCCACGACCCAAGCCGUCGAUCAUACGCAACUCCCUGCCGGUAACAUCAUGAUUACCAACGUGACUGAAUUCAAGAGUAGCAUGGAGUUGAGCCCUGCCGCUGUCCCCUUGAUUGAUCUUGAUUCUUGUACCAUUUAACGUAAUCAUCCCCCCUCCUAUGUAUAUAUAGAUCUUUGACAACCCUCCUCUUUUUAUGUUAUGCUUGGUUCUCGUCUCUUUAGCUAGCUCGCUUUUCAUCCAUCACCAAUAAAAAAAUGAAUCUAUUUGCAUCCUAUUUCAAUGAGGGAUCUUCGUUGGGCUAGCUCAGCCAACAAAACCGACAUAACACUCCAUUUUUUUUUUUUUUUUUGCUCAGCAUUGUCCAUUUCAAAAGUGCCAA